AUGGAUGCCAUCACACGCGAUCUGCACCACCACCAUUUGGCGCGUCUUCUCCACCUGGUUCCGCACCUUCAUAGUGCCUACUUGGAAAACUCUUUCCUGCUUCCGCUGUUCUUCUCUUGCGUAAGCCCUGCUGCCAAACAACACGCAAGAAUGCUCCUGUUGUCUCUACAACGUCGCUUUGGAUCUUUGUGCCCACCAGAGGUGCGUGUCCACAUUCUCUCCUUUUUGUCGUUUCCUGAAUUUGCGGCCUUACCGCCUCAUCCCAUUUGCCGAGAGCAGUCAAUUCUCUCCCCCGGUGCCAGAAAAAGGCCCAGGGAGGUGGUGGGUGAAAACUUCUCACCGGGCUGCGCCACCUCGCCAACUACGGAUGCAGCGGUAGAGAGAGAAGAGGAAGAAGAUGUUGUGGUGAGCAUGGAUGAAAAAAGGAAAUCAUUGCCAAAAUCAAAAACCGCUAAAAGUGAUGAAAAACCAUCGGCAACGGAUUUCUUGUUUCAUGUUCGACCACCGUUAGCUGCCGCGACUACGACUUCCGCGAAGAAGACGACUCAUCUGUUUGUUCGCAUGGUCUCCGAGUCUGCACAGAAUGAAGAAACAAUGAAUCGAUAUUUUGGUCGGUACGGACAGGUAUCGUGUACUUUGUUACAGCAAAAACAACAGCAGGCCAUGACAGAUUCUGGUCACACGGAAACUAAAGCCGCCGUUGUGCAGGAUUUUAUUGUUUCUGUUGAUUCGACAGACAAUUCCCUUAAGGCCGUACGCAAUGCGUACUACCCCGAGCUGGCUUUUAUAGCGUUUCACGACCCCGCAUGUGACACAUAUACCCUGGCCGAUUUGGACCGUGUGCUGCAAGAUGUGCCUGUGGAGGUUGUCCGAGUUCCCACGCAUCUUGACACCGUCACCAAGGCAGAAGAUGAAAAGGAUGACGCGAACGCGUUGCCUCUUCACACAUUUGUGCCAGACGUCGUGGUGGAUGGUCUGCCAUACUGGCUUACAGUGGAUCAGCUGCGUGUUUCCUUUUCAGAGUAUGGGCGCGUGGAAGACGUGCGCAUUGCCAUUGAUGAUCGAAGCGGCUCCUUCACGGGCACGGCGCUGCUGCGCAUGGCCUCUGUGGAGGAGGCGAUAGCAGCGUCGGAGGGACUUAACGGUGCUGUGUUGAAAGAUCACACACUUGUAAGUGGUGUGCUGGAUGAUCGUCUGAAUAUUGUGUCGCUGCAACAAGGAACACUCAUUUGCCAGGCGGACGAACUGCUACCGGAGGACUUUGAUGUCAGUGAAAACCAUAGACGGUGGGUGUGA